AUGUCGCUCGCCGUCGACGACCGUCGCGGCGGCCGCUCCAGGUCUCGAUCGCGUGACCGCCGCGAGCCCGCCCCGACCUACGCCGACGUGCGCGAGCCGAGCUACGUCUACCCAGAGGACGACCUGGACGACCGCUACGCGCCCACCAGCAGCAGCCGCCGCCGCGACCCGGCGGGCGCCUCCUCCGGCCUGCCCUACCCGGCCGAGGGGGGCAUGGACGCCAUGCUGCCCGGCGCGACGGCCGGACUGUACAGCUACGACGACACACGGCCCGUCUACCGCACCGCGUCGCCCCCGCGCGACUCGUCCUUCCGCAGCUCCAAGACCAACCUCGACGGCGGCCACGUCCCGGGCUCGUUCCCCGAGGACGACCGCCGCUCCAAACGCGACUCGGACGACGACAACAGGCGCGUCCGCUAUGCCGCCGAGCCCUCGCGCGACUCCAAGUACGACGCCCGGAGGCGCGACAGGUCCGACGACGACGAGCCCCGCGUGCGGUACGCCGAGCCCCCAAGCAGCAGGGAUAAGCACCGCGCGUCCGCCGGCGGCGACCUGCCCGACGACAAGCUCAAGUUUCUACCGCAAAAGUACAGCCGCAGGUACGGCGACGGCGACGGUGACGGAGGCAGGGACAGGAAGGCCGACCGCCGCUCCAAGAAGGAGCGUGAUGAGGAUGACCUGGCUUAUGGCCGCCCGCCCCCGCCGAAGCCGUCGCGGGCAGCCUCCCCGCCUACGUACGGUAGCUACAUAUCCGGAUCGCAGCUGAGCGAAAAGCGCUCGUCCAAGUAUGGGCGGGACGACGACGGCGCUGACAGACGGCGCACGAGCCCUCCGGAGGACCCGUACGCGUCGCGCAGGUCGCACCGUGAGUCCUACCGAGAUGACCCCAGAAGCUCCGGCGCCAGCGUACUCACCGCGGAGCCCUCGGACCGUGAACGAGACCGUCGGCGCGACAGGUCCCCGGGGCCGUCUGUCCUCACGGCAGAGCCAUCGGAUCGCGACAGGGAUCGCCGACGCGACAAGUCUCCCGGUCCGUCUGCCCUCACGGUCGAGCCCGCAGGCCGGGAGCGUGACCGAUCGCGGGAUCGCCGAGACAAGUCUCCUGGCCCGUCUGUGCUCACCGUGGAGCCGGGCCGGGAUCGGGAGCGGUCAAGAGACCGGCGCGGCGGCACCCGCGACAAGUCGCCUCAGCCUCCCACGGCCCGCAUGUCCAGCCUGACGGUUGACACCGGCCGCUCCUCCAACCUGUCCCUCGCCGCGGCGCCGGCCUCGCCGCUCCUCGAGUCGUACCAUGGCACGUACCAGGACUGCUCGCCCAUGCCGUCGCCCCUGCUGCUAGCCUCCUCCCACCACGAGGAUGCGCGCGUCAUCGAGGCUCUUUCACCCAUUGGCUCCGACAUCGAGGGCGACGGCAAGAAGAAGAGCCGGCGCGCGCGGUUCCACGACCCCGAGGACAUCGCGACGACGCUCGCGCGCGCCCUCCGCGGGGACCGCACCCCCGACGUGGGGCCGCUGGUCGAGAUCCUGCCCAGCCUCACGCACGAGCAGGUCAUGGAGCUGCGCGUCGAGUACAAGCGCAUCGUCAAGACGGGCUCGGAGCGCAAGGGCGUCAACAUCGCCAAGCACAUCCGCGCGCGCCUCAAGGACGAGGACGCCAACCUCAUGAAGGCGUGCUAUUCGGUCGCGCUCGGCAAGUGGGAGAGCGAGGCCUACUGGGCCAACUUUUGGUACCAGGGCGACAAGACGCGGCGCGAGCUGCUCAUCGAGUCGCUCAUGGGCCGCUCCAACUACGAGAUCCACCAGAUCAAGGAGGCCUUUACCGACAAGAAGUACGACAACAGCCUCGUCAAGUGCAUGAAGACGGAGCUCAAGGAGGACAAGUUCAAAAAGGCCGUCCUGCUGGUCCUCGACGAGCGCCGCAUGGAGGACCUCGACCCCUACGGCCGCCGCGUGCCCGUCGACUACAAGCUCGUCGACCAGGACGUUGACGACCUGCGCCGCGCCGUCAAGGCGGAGAAGGGUGGCGAGAGCGCCAUGAUUGGCAUCGUCGUCAAGCGCAGCGACUCGCACCUGCGCGAGGUGCUCAAGGAGUACGAGCACCACUACCGCGCCAACUUUGCGCGCGAGGCCCUCAAGAAGAGCGGCAACCUCGUCGGCGAGCUCCUGGCGCACAUCCUCAACGGCAUCAUCAACCGCCCCGUCCGCGACGCCCUCCUGCUGCACCACGCCCUCACCGCGUCGCGCAAGGACGACCUCCGCCGCGAGCUCCUCAUCAGCCGCCUCGUCCGCUUCCACUGGGACGCGGCCCACAUGCAGGCCGUCAAGCGCGCCUACCGGGAGCGCUACGCCCGCGACCUGCAGGACGCCGUCAAGGACGCCACCUCGGGCCAGUGGGGCCGCUUCUGCGUCGAGCUGUGCAUCGCGCGCAUGCCAAACGACGUGCGCAGGAUCGAGAGGGUUGAAGUCAUCCGGUAG